AUGUCUUCCUCUUUCCAGAAGGAACUGCGACCUGAUGCCGUAGCUAAUAAGGUCCUCCUGCGUGCCGAAGUGAACGAGAUCGGCCGCAAGCUAAAGACCAGACUUGCUCUCGCACAAUACAAGGCCAGCCGUGGUUGGGAGGAUCUCCCGCUGGACACAAUUGAACCGAAAGUCGAACAAGAAUUAAGGCUCAGGAGGCCAACUUCCAGCGGGGAUAUUCUCUCCGACUCAUCGUCGAGCGCAGCCUCCGAGUUUCGAUACUCCAACAACAGGCAGCUCAUGAGCUCACCUCUCAAAGGACCUGCUAUCUUCUCCGACGAAGUUGGAUCACGAAGUGGCAGCGGGGUUAGUUCUGGCCACAGGAAACGAAGAUACCAUAACAGUUUCGAUAUUCCGUCCUUGAGUCCUGGUUCUCACAAAAGAUUCCGUUCUUCCCCACCCUCUUCUAGACCUUCCAGGUCACUGAAUGCAACCCAGCCCUCCUGGAAGAGCAAUCGCCAACUGACCCAAUCGUCCCCGAUCAAACCUCGAAAACACACUCACUUCACUACCUCCUCUGGACCAAAUGUGUCGUUCUACCGAGGCUCUUCUCACAUGCCAGACGACUUUCAAUCUACGAAUUUUGCCGCUGUAUCAGACGAUGAGAACUCUUUGCCAGCCCAUUCGUUCAGUAUACAAUCUUCACCUCCUACCACACCACCUCCAGCCCGCAAUCGAGGCCGCCGAAACAAGGACAGGAAUGGGAAAUCUGGUGAAGAAGGAGCAGACCUGCUACUUUACCUCGCAACCUCCCCUUCACCUGCAAACCCAACCUCACGAGCUCGAAUGCAACCCCCUUCGACGCCACCUCCUAAAUCCCAUGCUCUCCCAUCAUCCAUGAUGACUACUCCGGGUGGAGGUUCCGGGCUCCUGUCGGUUUUUGGAGGCCCCAAUACACCCUCUCAAGCAUUUGACUUUAGUGAUUUUGUCAACAUUACACCUAGCCCCGCCCAAAGGGUUUGGAACAAAACUCCUCGCAUAAAGACACCACUCAUAGUGGCCCGACGACGCCUCACUUUUGAAAACUCCAGUCCUGAUCUGCGAGAAUCCAAUUCCAGCGCUCCCAGACACACUGGUUUGGGGAUGCAGCUUGGUGGAGACCUUCUUUCGUGA